UGUAUUGUAUUCAUUAUUGAAGUCAGAAGUGUCAAUGAAGAAAUGGCGGUGAAUGCUUGGAAUAAAUUUUAAGUUAACUUUUCAAGUUAUUUAAAAGCUUGAAAAUGCAUAUAAAACAGGUGAUUAUUCAGGGUUUUAAGAGUUAUCGUGAACAAAUUGUCGUAGAACCCUUUGAUAAAAGACAUAAUGUAGUCGUUGGACGCAACGGCUCUGGGAAAAGUAACUUCUUUCACGCUAUUCAGUUUGUUCUGAGCGAUGAAUUCUCUCAUCUCAGACCUGAACAACGACUUGCCCUGCUCCACGAGGGCACAGGACCCCGGGUGAUAUCUGCCUUUGUUGAGAUUAUAUUCGACAAUUCAGAUAAUAGGAUUCCGAUUGAGAAGGAUGAAAUAUUCUUACGUCGAGUUAUCGGUUCUAAGAAGGAUCAGUUUUUCCUUAAUAAGAAAGUAGUUCCUCGUUCAGAGGUACUUAAUCUUUUAGAAAGUGCGGGCCUAUCAAAUUCAAAUCCAUACUACAUUGUCAAACAAGGAAAAAUUAAUCAAAUGGCAGUAGCACCAGACUCGCACAGAUUAAAGUUGCUGAGAGAAGUCGCUGGAACCAGAGUGUACGAUGAGAGACGAGAGGAAUCCGUUACUAUACUUAAAGAAACUGUUGGCAAGGUGGAAAAAAUAAAUGAUUUCCUACAGACAAUAGAAGAGAGAUUAAAAACUCUCGAAGAAGAAAAGGAGGAAUUGAAAGAAUAUCAAAAGUGGGACCGAGCAAGGCGUGUCUUAGAGUUCAUCAUACACGACACAGAGCACAGAGAGAAUAAAAGGAAAUUGGAAGAUUUAGAGAAAAUGCGUGCAAACAGCGGCAAAGAGCAACAGCACUACGCUGAUAUGGUUCGGGAGGCUCAAGACCACGUCAGGGAGGCUAACAGAAAACUUAAAGAAGCCCGCAAAGAUGUGGCCGCGGCUCGCGAAGAAAAGGAUAUCCUCUCAACAGAACAACAGCAACUUUUAAGAGAGAAGACCAAACUGGAGCUGGCCAUCAAAGAUCUUACAGACGAUGUCGAUGGCGACAACAAGUCUAAGGAAAGGGCAGAAGCAGAAUUAGAACGUCUUCGACAGCAAAUAGCUGAAAAAGAACGAGAGUUAGAAGAGCUAAAGCCUAAAUAUGAGGAAAUGAAAGCCCGUGAAGAAGAGUGUACUCGAGCGUUAGCUUUGAACCAACAGAAACGUCAAGAGCUGUACGCUAAACAGGGCAGAGGGACGCAGUUCACGUCUAAACAAGAUAGGGAUCGCUGGAUUGAGAAAGAGCUUAAGUCGCUGAACAAGCAGCUGAAGGACAAGAAGGAGCACGAGGGCAAGCUGCGCGAGGACCUGCGGCGCGACGCGGCCAAGCUGGCCGAGCUGGAGGCGCGCCUCGAGGAGCUCUCGCGCGAGCUGGAGCGGCAGCGCCUCGCCAUCGACGAGCACAACAAGCACUACUACGACUGCAAGAAGCGCAAGGACCACGAGCAGAGCGCGCGCAACGAAUUAUGGCGCAAAGAGACAACAUUAACGCAAAAUUUGUCGUCAUUAAAAGAAGACUUGGCAAAGGCGGAUCAAGCUCUAAGAUCAAUGGCGGGAAAGCCAAUAUUAAACGGUAGGGAUAGUGUACGAAAAGUUCUAGAAACAUUCCAAGAAAGAGGAGGAGAAUGGGCCAAAAUAGCGACGCAGUACUAUGGACCCGUUAUUGAGAAUUUCACCUGCGAUAAAACUAUUUACACCGCUGUAGAGGUAACAGCAGGUAAUCGCUUAUUCCAUCACAUAGUAGAAUCGGAUACAGUUGGUACAAAGAUUCUUAAGGAAAUGAAUCGGCAGAGCUUACCGGGAGAAGUGACGUUCAUGCCGCUCAAUCGAUUGCAAGUUAGAGAUAUGGUGUAUCCUAAUGAUAAUAACGCAAUCGCUAUGGUACAGAAGCUUAAGUACGACCCCAAAUAUGCGAAAGCAAUGAAAUACAUAUUUGGCAAAACACUCAUCUGUAGGAACCUCGAGUGUGCUACGGAGUUGGGCAAACAGUUUCACUUGGACUGUGUCACAUUGGAAGGAGAUCAAGUAUCUUCAAAAGGUUCACUGACCGGAGGAUAUUUUAACCAAUCUCGGUCACGUCUCGAGAUGCAAAAGACUAGGUCGGAGCUAAUGGAACAAAUCACGACUCUUGAGGAGGAAUUAAACACAUUACGGCAAGAGUUGAACAAGACUGAGACGAGUAUAAACACUAUUGUGUCUGAAAUGCAGAGGACCGAGACUAAACAAGGGAAGGCUAAGGACAUAUUUGACAAAGUAAAAGCAGAUAUUCGUCUGAUGAAAGAAGAACUGGCGUCAAUAGAAAGGUUCAGAGGACCCAAGGAAAGAGCUUUGGCCCAAUGUCGUUCCAGUUUAGAAGCUAUGCAGGCCACUAAAGAGGGGCUGGAAUCUGAAUUGCAUCAGGAAUUGAUGGAACAGUUAUCAACAGCAGAUCAAGGAAAAGUAGACGAGCUAAAUGAUGCCAUCCGCAGAUUAACUCAAGAGAACAAGGAAGCUUUCAGUCAGAGAAUGAAUCUAGAAGCUACGAAGAACAAACUGGAAAAUCUUCUCACAAACAACCUUAUUCGGCGUAAGGACGAAUUAGUGCAGGCGCUACAGGAGAUCUCCGUGGAGGACCGCAAGCGGCGACUCGCCAACAGCAAGACCGACCUCGCCGCCGCCGAGAAGCGCAUCAAGCAGAUCAACCGCGAGCUGGAGGACACCGAGCGCAGCGUGCAGGCCGCCGUGCGCAACGAGAAGGCGCUCAAGCUGGAGCUCGACAAGUGGCGCAACAAGGAAAAAGAAGCUCAAGAUAAAAUGGAAGAAGAUGCAAAAGGAUUAGAAAAAAUGGCUUCUAAAGAAGUGUUACUACAGGAGAAAAUUCAAGAGUCACUGGACAAAAUAGCCGCGCUGGGGACACUGCCCAACGCACCAGAGUUGCACUCAAAAUAUCAGAAAAUGUCAUUGAAACAGUUAUUCAAAGAACUGGAAAAAGCUAACCAGCACCUGAAAAAGUACAAUCACGUGAAUAAAAAAGCCCUGGACCAGUUUAUUAGCUUUUCGGAACAGAAAGAAAAACUGUACAAGCGAAAAGAAGAGUUAGAUAUCGGGGGUGAAAAAAUUCGCGAGUUAAUCGAGACACUAGAGCACAGGAAGCUCGAAGCGAUUCAGUUCACUUUCAAGCAAGUGAGCAAGAACUUCACGGAAGUGUUCAAGAAGCUGGUCCCGCAGGGCCGGGGCAGCCUCAUCAUGAGGGUCGCGCCCGACGAGGGCCAGGAUACUAACUCGGAUCGCGCCAACGCGGACCCGUUCACGGGCGUCGGCAUCAAGGUCUCGUUCACUGGGGGCGAGGGCGACAUGCGCGAGAUGAAUCAGCUGUCGGGCGGACAGAAGUCGCUCGUGGCGCUCGCGCUCAUCUUCGCCAUCCAGAAGUGCGACCCGGCGCCCUUCUACCUCUUCGACGAGAUCGACCAGGCGCUGGACGCGCAGCACCGCAAGGCGAUCGCGGACAUGAUCCGCGAGCUGUCGGCCUCGGCGCAGUUCAUCACCACCACGUUCCGGCCCGAGCUGCUGGAGCACGCGCACAAGUUCUACGGCGUCAAGUUCCGCAACAAGGUGUCGCACGUCGAGUGCGUGACGCAAGACGAGGCGCGCGACUUCGUCGAGGACAGCGCCACGCACGCCUAGCGCAAGGGAUAUGUCCGAAAAUUAAGAACAGUUACAGACAUCUUAAACGCAAUACACAAUAUCCUGGAGAUAUGGAAACUGUACAGAGAUCGCGAACUUAGUGUUCGAUCCUUUCUGUAACGCGAUCGGAGCGAACGUUAUCACGAAUGUGAGGAAAUCGAUUAAAUGUAAUAAUACAAGUUGUUUGUUAAAAAUAAUAUAUUUUUGAUAAUUUCAUUGUUGGACAAAAAUAUACGUAUAUAUGGAUUUUUAAAUGUUUUUUAAACUUUUGUGUGGAAAUGAUUAAUGAAUGGGAAACAUUUUGUUUAAAUUCGCAAAACCUCAAUUUUGGUUGUAAGGGAGAAAAUGUAUUUAUUGUAAUUAUUUCGUCUUCGCUGUCUUAAGCAACAAUGGGAACAUUUUUUUUUUUUUGUAUUUAAUUUCAAAUUUACUUAUUCCUAAACUCGAUGUAUGGCAACGUUUAUUACAUUUUUCUUAUUUUUUUUUUUUUUUUCAUUUGACGUUAUCUGUAACUGUAUUGUGUAAGUUUUCUAUUUCUUAAGGUUAAUAAAUAAUAUUGACAUAUUUUUAA